AAUGUAUUGUAACUGAUCUAGGCGUGGUAUCCAUAUGGGCAUGUCCAGUAUCAUUACAUUAUCACUACUUGGAAAUCAAUUUCUUUUUCUACUUUUUUGUUCGAAAUUUCUUUUCUGUUAAAACUUUGAAGCUACAUUUUGUGAACUUGAGUUUAUAUUCAAUCCAAAAUGACUAUGCAUUCUGCAGUAAAAGGCAAACUCCUGGCAGUGAUCGGCGAUGAGGACACUUGCGUUGGAUUUCUGUUGGGUGGUAUCGGAGAAAUAAAUAAGAACAGACAUCCCAAUUUCAUGGUCGUGGACAAAAACACGGCAGUAAGCGAUAUCGAAGAUUGCUUCAAACGCUUCGUCAAGAGGGAUGACAUCGAUAUCAUAUUAAUCAAUCAGAAUGUUGCUGAAAUGAUAAGACAUAGCAUUGAUGCCCAUACUCAGCCAAUACCAGCAAUAUUAGAAAUUCCGUCGAAAGAUCAUCCUUACGAUGCUACAAAAGAUUCUAUAUUGAGAAGAGCCAAGGGAAUGUUCAAUCCUGAUGAUAUUCACUAAAUUGUUCGGAAAACGAGGAAGGAUGUGCCAAGCAACAUAACACAGUUUGAAUAGGUUAUCAGAGAAAAACAUACUACCAUGUAAAUAAUCUGUAAGAAUUUUUGUAUAUAUGCGGUGCAUUCGUUUAUAUUUUCUGUACUUCAUUCGAAAUAACUAUUCAACUUCGCCAAUUUAAUUCAGUUUCAUUACAUUCUAGCUUUAGUGAUAACUAAAGUAAUUUUCAUUCUUAAGACUUUAUUUUAUUGUUAUUUCAACGUUUUAAAUUCGUUUUUAAGGUAGUUAAAAAUGUUCGUUUAGGUUUCGCAUUAUUGAUGCAUUCAUUAAAAAUUUUAUGCUGUUUAA